ACGAAAAAUAAAUUUUUGAGUUUAAAUGCAUUGCUUCUCUGGCAGGGCAGUUUAUGUGUGGGAGCAAACAAUGUCAUGAAAUAGAAGGGUUGGCGAGCUAUGAGGUGAAUUUUUCUUAUCAUGAAGCUGGAGAACACAAACAAGCCCUUGUUAAACUCGUAACUUGUGAGAGAUGUGCUGAGAAGCUUUACUACAAAAGAAGAAAGGAUGCUGAAAGAUCAGAGAGUAAAGAAAAGAAAAGGCAGAGACGUAAACGGAAUCGAUCAAGUAGUGAAGAUGACAUAGAGGAAGAGGAAAGGAGAAAAGGAAAAAAGAACAAGUCCAAGCUGGAAGGUUGUGAGAGAGAAGGCAAGGAUGAUGAAAACUUCGACGAAUUCAUGGAAGGAAUGUUUCCGGGGAAGGGUGAAUAUUUCUUCCUCACGAUCAGAGUCCUAAUCUCACUCUAUAUAUAUAUAAGCUCGAGACAAACGAAAAAUAAAAGGGUUUAAACACAAAACCCAUCA